AUGGUCCAGUUCCACGAUUCUUUCAGUUCCGAAAGUUGCAUCGGCGACGAGAACUGCUGGAAACUACGAAACCCAAUGUUAAGGAGCAAGGAACAGCUUCUGGCAUCCCUUUCAUGCUAUGGAAUAGAAGCAAAAUUGGAAAUACCCCAACAUCGCCUAGAGGCAAUGUUUGUCUGCUCUCAACGCGGGAUGCUCGUGUACGACACAUGCAAUGCUGCAGAAUUGUCCAAGUUUUGCGCGACUCGAGGCAUCUUGUUCAGAUCUCCACACAAUCCAGCGCACAAGAAAGAUCGAUUCAUCAGAGCUCUGGAAGCAAAAGACGAGGAGGAUGGCAUCGGGAGUGGCUUCACAGACCUGCCUCCUGAGUUGCGGAUGAGAGUAUACGAAUGGUACAAAGCUUCUCUCCCGUCCUCGAUCGAAGAUUACAACGUCGUACCUCCAAUCGCGCAGGUCUGUCGCGAAGCACUUCCCGUCUUCUUCCGAGAGAAAAUGCUCAUCUUUUGCAACGAGAACGACACGUCCAUUGGCGAGAAGGGCAAAUUGAUAGUCAGGACGAAGUACCUCCAGAACGCACCAGAGUCGCUGUUGAAAUGCACCAAGCGGCUCAAUAUCUACAGUCAAAUUGGGGAUCUGGGCAACGGCUAUGCGCGAUGGAAGAUCGAUUUGAACGGCCGUUCGAGGGACCAGAGGGCUAUGUUUGAAGACAUCGGUACCUACUAUCGCUUCAGAGUAAGCAAUAGCGAGAUGGAGACUCUCGCACACAAAGUAGAAGAGCGUUUGAGGGACCUUGCGGAUGAGAUUACGGGAAGAGAUGAGCCUGUGUUCAAGAGGAAAGAUGCAGCGGCUAUCUUGAAAGCUUUGAGGUUGGGGGAAUGA